GUUUAGGGUUUUAUUGCGAAGAAGAAAGCAGGGAAAGAAACAGAGAGGAAGAAAGGGGUAAAAGAUGAGUGGGGCAGGAAAACCAGAUUUCUUCUACAGAGAGGCUCAACGCCUGGGCUAUGUGGCUCGCUCGGCCUUCAAGCUGCUUCAGAUGCAGAAACAGUACAAGCUCAUAACCCCUGGCUCCUCUGUUCUCGACCUCGGCUGUGCUCCCGGCGCUUGGCUUCAGGUGGCUUGCCAGAGCUUGGGUCCCCUCAAAAAUGGCGGCCUUGUUGUUGGGAUUGAUCUCAAGAAGGUGAAGGUUCCAGCUGAGCAUUGUGAUUCGAGGGUUCAAACUGUUUGCGCCGACGUCAUGAAACUCCCCAGAGCCCAUGUCAGGGAACUAUCUCCACAGCAGAAAGGGUUUUCUGUGGUACUCUCGGAUAUGUGUCCCCUCGUUUCUGGAAUCUCAAGUAAAGAUGCAGCUUUAUCGCUCGAGUUAGGUAUGCAAGCACUGAAUUUGGCUGUUGGUGGAGCUGCCUUAGCUCAUUCCAAUAACGAAAUUCAAACAGAGGAAAGUAAUGAUGGGACAACUACAAUUUCAGAUGAUAAUGGUGUAUUGCGAAGGGGAGGUAAUCUUGUGAUAAAGCUUUUAGAGAGUGAAGAUGUGCAAGAAAUCAACAAGAUUUGCAAACCGCUGUUUAGAAAGGCAUCGUUGUUGAGGCCUAAAGCUACAAGAUCAUCGUCAAGAGAGAUUUAUUUGAUAUGUCAAGGUCUGCAGUCGCAGGCAAAGACUUAGAAUGAAGAUUGCACCCAAACAAGUAGAAAUCCAACGUUUGUGAACAUUGUAGGCGUAUUGCAAGACGAGUAAACUGAUCGAUUCGCGGCUGUGAAUUAUUGUGUCCUGAAUUGAACCAUACCACAUUCCUUUGAACAAUCUUGUACUAAAUGUGUCUUUCAAAAGAUUACGAUUGACUGUUA